AUGAAGUUACAUCAAAUUCGCCUGUUCCACUGUUCCCUUGUGCAGCUGAUCGAGAAGCUGAAGCGAUGCCACGAGGAGCACCCCAUUGCCAAGUUCUGGAACGUGUGCAGCGGCAUUAAGGUGGAGCUGGACGCGUGCUUCAGACAAGAGAAAGUGGAGCGCAGAACGGUGAAUCUCAAGGCCAGCAAGGAGUUUAGGGAAAGGCUGAGGGAGCAGAAGGCAGCAGAUGAGGCGGCAGGAGUGCCCAGAUGGACAGAAACGUUGAGGCAGCAGGAGGGAUCUCAGUCAUGA